GUUACGCGCCGGAAGCGGGCUUGAAGAGUAAGAGAAGUAGCGGGUGUCGGUGGGCUUGGGUCCCGGCCCGCUUUACAGUGAGGAGCUUUGCAGCCUUGGUAGGUGGCCGUUGCCAUGACGGCCCAGGGGAGCCUGGUGGCUAACCGAGGCCGGCGCUUCAAGUGGGCCAUUGAACUGAGCGGGCCUGGAGGAGGCAGCAGGAGCCGAAGUGACCGGGGCGGUGGCCAGGGAGACUCGCUGUACCCUGUUGGCUACCUGGACAAGCAAGUGCCUGAUACCAGCGUGCAGGAGACAGACCGGAUUCUGGUGGAGAAGCGCUGCUGGGAUAUCGCCUUGGGUCCCCUCAAACAGAUUCCCAUGAACCUCUUCAUCAUGUACAUGGCAGGCAAUACUAUCUCCAUCUUCCCUACUAUGAUGGUGUGUAUGAUGGCUUGGCGGCCCAUUCAGGCACUUAUGGCCAUUUCAGCCAAGGAUGGAGUUCAGUGGUGGUGGACUGCUUCUGUGAACCUGAGAAAGAAGUACCUGGUGCCUUUGUAUCAGGAUCCCAUUUACAACCUUUUCAUGUCCAGUGGCUCCUCCUUCACAUACUAACUCUUCACAUGAUCACUCAUGCCAACAAGAACCCAAAGCUCUCUUUUCUCCAUGGUGAGGCCCAGAAAGACAAGUAUGUAUCACUACACACACAAAGAAACCAUACUACAACCCUUGACUGAAAAUAAUGUAGAAAACUUUAUUUAUGUUUCCAGUACAGAGCAAAACAACAAAUAAAACUGUAACUCUAUGUAAACAAAAGAAUGGCCGCUGCUAAAUCGAGAACCACAGCAGCAGCUCCUUUCAAUAAAUUAAAUGGUCGAGAACAAUGCUUAAAAAAAAGUUGUACAAGUUUCCCUUAAAUCUAUUUUCCUUAAUAUUUCACUUCUAUUUAACACAAGCUGGAACAUAAAAAUUCUGUUGGAGACAUUUGUGGAAGAUGUAAGAAACUAAUGCUGGAUUCAGAUUAUACAUGAUGAAAAGAAAAAUAAACCAGACAAAAAGGGCACGUAAAUAUGCUUACAGUGUAAUCGCUACUUUAAUAUCCACAAUAAUGGAUUUUUAACACAUGUAGGGGGCGUGAGGAUUGGCGGG